AUGUAUUCUGACGAAUUAUUCUGUUCCCAAUCUUAUGCCAAAUACUAUGAGCACCUCAAGACACAUCCUGCACAUUCAGCAAAUGACAUUGAAGUAAUAACCACAAAACCUUUUGUUAAUUCCAAGUACCUGACGGACAUCAACCUUGGCUACAAUAGCCUCUAAUCCUCUUAAGUAGAUAAAGGUGUCUUUAAAUACUUAAACCUUAUUCAGCUAAAUCUCAAGCACAAUAAUCGUGAGAAAGUAUCUUCUGCUUUGACAAAUACCAUUCAAAGGCUUAAAUUGGGCUAAGACGCAUUUGAUAGUACACAAAAGCAUACAAAACUUACAGUGCUGGAUUCGUGUAGCAACAAACUAACAGAUGCAGGAAAUAUCUUAUCUGACAUGAAGAGUUAUAUGUUUACGUCGAUGCCAGCAGACUUUCCAGAAUCUAUUUUGCAGAUUAUGCUGAACAACAACUCAAUCAACUCCAUACCCGAGGACUACUAUUAGAGGACACCAAAUCUCUUGUCGCUUCACAUCAGACAAUAAACUCAAAUUCCACACAAAGUUUUAAUUUAAUCAAAACCAGUGGAGCUUCAUCUGGUCCAUAAUAACCAGCUUUCUAUCUGUUUUUUUGUUCCCACUUUCAUCACAGUGACUUUAAGGAGUUGUUUAUAUCUGCCAACCGCAAACACGACCAACACGCCCAGAUACCGUGGUCUGCUCGAUUUAGAUGGGAAUGCGAAGGGUUAA